CAUUACAUUUUAAUUUACUGAGAUGCACAUUCAUGUUCCAAAAAACUGUUGCUGUAAAACAUGACUGAUUUUGGACUAUAAGACAUAAACUGAUGUGGAGGCAAACACCAAAUUAAUAGUAGAUUUUGCGUGGUUUUAAAAAAGAAAACAAUUGAAUUUUUUGCCCACAAACCAAUCUAAGUAGUCCUACGAAAGGAAUGUUCGUAGCUUUUGCUGUCUGUAAGUCUUAUCUUUCCUCAUAAACAUUCUGCUUCCCAACAAGGACACGAAAAGCUGGAAAAGACACGUUUAAUUAAUUCCGGUCCUCUUACGGAACGCUUCAAAGUAAAAGUUUUAUUUAUUUAUUUAUUUUUAUCUAUGUUUCAUGUUUUCCAUUUUUAAUCAUCUAAGGUAUUUAUAUUUCCCCUACUAGGAAUGCUAAUUUAAGGAACAGCUAUUUAUUUUCCCAAAGCUACUAGUGAAAGAGUUUUAAUAGUUGAAGUAAUAUUUACUCAUUUCCGGUGCAAAGGACACCGGAAAUUCAGGUGUAACACAGGUGAAGCAAUUCGAAACCCGCAAGUACAUAGGUUGUUUCGUGUCGUUCCUUAAGUUUACCUUUGAUUUUUAAGAUUAUUUUCAAUCCUGUCCACACUGGUUUUAGGUAAAAUGCUCGACGUUUUUUCUAUUUAUACCUAACCGGCUUCAGUAACCUUUGCUGUCGCUUACCUGUUCAGCGAAGUGAAAGUAAAUUUUGGCCUCGAGUUAAACUGCCCAAUUCAAUUUGACGGUGGUCCAGAAAUGAAUCUUUGGUGUUUCAUCGUCUCCUUCUCUCUUACUUGCUGUCUGGUUUCUGGACAAAAUGCAAAAUAUGUACUGGUUGGGGAGAAAGUCGACUUCCCAGGCUUCAGCGACAAUAAAGAAUCCCCUGCCGACAUUCUGUGGAAGCAUGUAGAAGGACAGAAAGUAUACAAAGUGGUGCAUUUUGAUAGCAGACAAGAACAAUUCUUUGGGUCAUAUGAAGGUCGGGCCACUCUUGGCUGGCGUUUUGCAGAUCUGUCCAUUAGCAACCUGAGAUAUGAAGACAGUGGAUCAUAUGACCUGGAAAUAUUAAUUAACAACCAACACCUGACCAAAAGAUAUGAACUGAUAGUCAUUGACAAAGUCACCAAGCCUACCAUAUCCUGUGAAAUAAACAAUGCAAGCACUUCUGAGUCACCAGGGAAGGCAACUCUGCUCUGCUCUUUACCAUCCCAUUCUGAUCAGUCCUCACUGAGGUUUCAGUGGAGCACAAAUGCAAAUAUUCAUCUCGGACACAUGAUGAAAAUUUCCCUUGGAGGUGAAUUUGAUGAUCGUCAGUACAACUGUACUGUAAACAACCCACUCUCUCAAGAUUCAGCAGUGUUCUUUGCUAAGGACUGCUAUCCUGAGACAAAGGCUCAAGCCGGACUGAUUGCUGGUGUUGUUGUUGCUGUUGUUGUUGCUGUUCUACUGCUGAUUCUACUGCUGGUGGUCUUCUUUUGUCUUAAAAAAGUACGCUCAAAUCGUGAGAAGUCUGAUUUGGAAACUCAGUCAAAUUCUGGAUUUCUAAAAGCAACAUCUGGAAGUGAAGAAAGCCAGGGUCUUCUGGACAGAGCACCUACAUUACCCUCUAAACAUGCUCUUGGACACCUAAACCAAAGAAAUGACACCCUGUUGGAUCCUUCCCAAAAGGAUUCAGAGAAGAACAAAGCCCAAGACAGCGGAAUUCUUUUCUCUCCGUCGGUUAAACAACUUCGCACCUUAUUUGAGAAGGAGAAUGGAAAAGCUAAUGAAGCUGAGCCCAGAGAGGUGGUCAAGGAAGAAGUCUUGGAGAACAACCCUUCAGAUUCUGAGACUAUGAAUCCUGAGCUUAUAGCUUUGCCAUCUGAAAGUAAUUCAGAGAAGAACAAAGUCCAAGACAGCGAAAUUCCUUUCUCUUCGCCGGUUAAACAACUUUGCAUCUCAUUUGAGACGGAGAAUGGAAAAGCUAAUGAAGCUGAGCCCAGAGAGGUUGUGGAGGAAGAAGUCUUGGAGAACAACCCUUCAGAUUCUGAGACUAUGGAUCCUGAGCUAAUAGCUUUGUCAUCUGAAAGUAAUGAACUUCCAGAAGGAUUGGGAACAGAGGACAAUUCUCUAGACUCUAAGGAAAAUGCUUUACCUAGUUUGCCAAAUGGCAAUGGUCCAGAGAAAAAUAACGAUGAGGACAAUAAAGCUUUAGAUCGUCCUCCGGUGCCUCCAAAAUCCAAACUUGUUCAGAAUCUCUCUGCAUUACAAAAAGUGACUAAAAAUACAAAUCCGAAAGUUAUCAAGAAGCAAAGUUUAGAUGACCCUGCUGAUUCUGGAAAUCCAAAUGAGGUGUCAAAUGAUCAGAGUUUAAGUGAAAAACCUGAAGACAGUGGAAAUUCAUCUCUUCCUGAGGCAUCACCCCGUCUUGGUCAUCCUUGUACGGAUGACAAAAAACUAGGGGAUGAAGAUAAAUUUCCAGACAUUUUGGAUAAAGAGGAUAUUCCUAUAAAUGCUGAAGAGACUAAGGAUGCUUUACCUGGCUCAGAGAAAAAUAAGGAUGAGGAUAACGGAGCUUCACAUCCUCCUUCAGUGUCUCAGAAAUCCAACCUCGUUCUGAAUUUCUCUGCACUAAAAAAAGCGACUGAAAAUACAGACCCAGAAGAUAAGAGACCAGUUUCAAAUGAUCCUUCAGAUUCUGGGAAUCCAAAUGAAGUGCCAGAAAAUCAGAGUUUAAGUGAAAAACCUGAAGACUGUGAAAAUUCAUCUCUUCCUGAGGCAUCACCCCGUCUUGGUCAUCCUUGUACGGAUGACAAAAAACUAGGGGAUGAAGAUAAAUUUCCAGACAUUUUGGAUAAAGAGGAUAUUCCUAUAGAUGCUGAAGAGACUAAGGAUGCUUUACCUGGCUCAGAGAAAAAUAAGGAUGAGGAUAACGGAGCUUCACAUCCUCCUUCAGUGUCUCAGAAAUCCAACCUCGUUCGGAAUUUCUCUGCACUAAAAAAAGCGACUGAAAAUACAGACCCAGAAGAUAAGAGACCAGUUUCAAAUGAUCCUUCAGAUUCUGGGAAUCCAAAUGAAGUGCCAGAAAAUCAGAAUUCAGGAAGUAAGAAAGAAGAGAAUGAGUUUGCAAAAUCAACCCCUGAAAAUGAUGUUCAGCCACCGCCUGUUGCCAAGGAGAAUUCUCCUUUGAGCCAAAACUCUCCAGAGAGUUCACCAAAGGCUGUACAUAAACAAGACAUCGACUCAGAUGAGUGUGUAAUGACAAGUAGUGGAGAAUCUUCUUCAUCAUCCUUAGAAGAAUCAGAAAACGAGGAGCAAGUUCCACCUGCUUCCACUCCCAAAAAGACUGAUUCAGAAACAACAGUGGAGGAGCAACAGCCUGCUCUCUCUGAAACAGAAUCUGAAAUGGAGACCCUGCAAAAUAAGUGACCAACACCACCCAAACUAAGACAGCAAAUAUCCGUUUCCCGAUUCUCACAGAACAGACUCAAGACCAAGAAAUAGACACUAAGCAGCAAUGCAAAGACUUUUGAGACUAACCUGAUCGAGAAAAUACAGUCUCAGAGGAAGAAGAAAAGAACAAGAUCAGACGUAGCACUAUAAUCUGCUGAAGACGAAGAUUAACCUACGCAGACGAAAAUAUAAAGUAAGAGCUUCAGUGAGAAUAAAAAUGGGCAAAUUGUUGGAGCUCCAUAUUAUCUGCUGCCUCUCAGGCAACAUGACAAAUGGGCACAAUUCCAAGAGAAACCAACAAAUAAAGAAGACAGAUAGAAAGGAACAAAGACCAAAAUAAAAAGUAACAGGGAGUUUUAUUCUGAGAUAGUCAAGUUGAGAUAUUCUACAGUAAGCUGAAGAAAGAUGGG